CUGCAGCUGAGCCCCAGAGAGAAAUCCUCCCUUAUGCCUUACUGGACACGCAGAGUGAUUCAACCUUUAUUUUGGCAGACCUAGUAUCUCAGCUAAAUGUGAGCACCCAGCAGCUCCAACUAAAGCUCAGCACAAUGACCGCUGUCGUCACCAUCAUCUCAAGCCAAAUUGCUCACG